AUGGCGUCUGUGUACCUCUGCGGUGUGUUCGCCGUGCUGAGCGGUCUCGUGAUGGCCGUUGGCAUGAACAUCUUGGCGUGUGCGAGACACAAGAAGAAGACGGCAUGCACGGGAUGCCUGCACAUGGCCACCAACUUGGUUUUGCAGUUGGCCGCCGUCGGGCUCUUUCUUCAGGCUUGUGCGUGGGGUCCCGUGGCUCUCGCGAUGCCCCUGGAGACGGCGACGCUUCUUCUCUCGAAUCUGGCGCUGCAGGUGCUUCUUGAGAUCGGGCACUUCGAUAAGGCAUGCUUGGUAGGGACCUUAGUCCUCACGUGCGCAGCCUGCUGCUUGGGGGAUGUUGGCCCCGAGGACACCACCCCUGCAGAAGCGUGUAACGCGACAGCUUGGAAUCGGCUGCUGACGACCCCAGCGAUAUCAUGGAUGAUAUUCGUCUUCUUUCUUGCCGUCAUCUCUCUUGUAGUGAUGAGGACCUGCCAGCACAAUGUAUUCUAUAACACGAUUGGUUAUUCGCUCUUCGUGGCGAUUGCUACGGCCGUUGGUGCAGCGGUUGGGAAGUUUCUCACUUUUACUACUGGCUCGCUGUUUGGCGUCUUCUUCGUCGUCUACUUAUUUUGUGGUGUCGGUUCACUUCUUUUCGGGGCUUUUGCAGCACGGGAGUGCGACCUUGUGUUUUUCAUGGCUUCGAACGAGUGUUUCAAACUUAUCAUCACCGCUUUCACCGGGCGCUUUGUUUGGCACGACACGCCGCGCUACUGGUUGUCCUAUGUUAUGGUGUACACAUUGAUGUGUUUAGGUGGCGGACAUUGUCUCCUGUGUUGCAGUCGGGAAGCAGAAGUACAACGAGCACUGGGCGGAUAUCAUUCACGUGCAGACCCGAAUUCAGCUCACCCGCUCGAGUUCGCAGGGGGCACCCCUGUUGAGUGCCAGUGA